GGAUCCCAAAGGACGGACGACUCCAUCUCCGGUCUCCCCCCAUCGUCGCAAAACCCACGCCCUCCCGUCAGAACCACAAGGGCUACUGCAUAUUCCACACAAUGGCAGGCGAUGGAGAAUUCGAGCGAGUACCUCGCCCCGAUAACUACCCUCACGGGCCCGAGUUCCAGCCGCGCACGCUGCACCAGAGGUUGCAAGGGAAAUGGUGGUACCGCGUGCCUCCCAACCACAGCAAACCCAUCUACCAAUUCCUGAGCAUUGGCCUUGGUGCAUCGAUGUGGUUCUGGGUAUCGGCCCGUAUAACAGAAGGGCGUCAUCAUCAGUCAUCAUUCAUCAGGUCUGAAGACAGGCCGCGGAUCGCGUCAGUACAACAGUCAGGCGCAUCUUGAAUGAAAUAACUAUAUAAAGGGGAUAGACAUGACGUGUGAUCUCUAUGUACGCCAUGUUAACCUUCACCAAUCAUUCAUGGGAACUUC